GGUGGAUGUGGAAUACCUUUGUUGUGAUGGAGGAGUACACGGGAAGCCUUGACCAGUAUGUGGGCAAGUUGCAUUCGGAUAAAGACAGAGGUGACGGCAGCGUGAAAUACGUCCUCAUAGGUGAUGGUGCCGGUGUGAUGUUCGAGAUUAACGAGACGUCGGGUGACAUCCACGCUAAGAGGCGCCUGGACCGCGAGGAAAAGGCCUACUACGUGCUGCGAGCCCAGGCCGUCAACCGGCGGACGGGCCAGCCCCUGGAGGACUGGUCCAAUUUCACCAUCAAGAUCCACGACAUCAACGACAACGAGCCCAAGUUCUCCCGAGACACGUACCAGGCUACUGUGCCCGAGAUGUCUGAAGUCGGUACGAGUGUGAUCCAGGUUACAGCCACAGAUGCCGAUGAUGAGGACUAUGGGAACAGUGCCAAGUUGGUCUACAGUAUACUAGAGGGGCAGCCAUAUUUCUCUAUUGAUGCCAACACUGCUGGCUACCGUCUGGAGGUGCCGGAGUCGGCGAAGGUGGGAGCUCAGGUGGGACGAGUGAAAGCCAACGAUGCGGACAUCGGGAAGAACGCCGAGAUGCGCUACCGGAUCGUUGGCGAUGACAGGCGCAACGGGCACGACGGGAGUGACAUGUUCGAUGUGUUCACGGACGGCGCCACGCAAGAGGCCGUUAUUACAGUGAAGAAGCCUCUGGACUACGAGACCAAGCGGCAGUACCAGCUGAAGGUGGACGUGACCAACACCGAGCUGGACCCGCGCUUCCUCCACCUGGGCCCGUUCACCGACCGGGCCACCGUGCACGUGUCCGUCAAGGACGCCGACGAGCCGCCGCUCUUCACGCGCAACCCCUACAUCAUCGAGGUGCAGGAGGACACGCCCGCGGGCAGCUCCAUCGGCUCCGUCACCGCCCGAGACCCCGACGCCGACAACCACCCCGUCAGAUACACCAUCGACAGGUACACGGACCUGGAGCGCCUCUUCAACAUCGACCCCAUCAACGGCACCAUCUUCACCCUGCAGCCCCUGGACCGCGAGCUCAACAAGUGGCACAAUAUCUCGGUGGCUGCGUCGGAGAUCAAGUUUGGUUCUCCCAAGAUAAGCCCAAAUAACGCUGGUCAGAUUACACGAGUCCCCGUGUUCAUCAAAGUCAUGGACAUCAACGAUAACGCUCCUGAGUUCGCUAUGUUUUACGAGACCUUUGUCUGUGAGAAUGUGAAAGCUGGGCAGCUGAUCCAGACCAUAAGUGCUGUGGACACUGAUGAGCCUCUGGUCGGUCACAAGUUUGUGUUCAGUCUCAGCACCAUCAACCCCAACUUCACUAUUGUAGACAAUGAAGACAACACAGCACGCAUCUUGACGCGUCGCGGCGGCUUCAGUCGGCGGGAGACGAGCUCGUACACGCUCCCGGUGGUCAUCUCGGACAACGACUACCCCAUCCAGAGCAGCACCAGCACGCUGACGGUGCGCGUGUGCGCGUGCGACAGCCGCGGGAACGUCCAGUCGUGCAGCACCGAGGCCCUGCUGCUGUCGGCCGGCCUCAGCACCGGCGCCCUGGUGGCCAUCCUGCUCUGCAUCAUCAUCCUGCUCAUGAUCGUGGUGCUGUUUGCCGCCCUGCGGCGCCAGCGCAAGAAGGAGCCGCUGAUCAUCUCCAAGGAGGACGUGCGCGACAACGUGGUCAGCUACAACGACGAGGGCGGCGGCGAGGAGGACACGCAGGCCUUCGACAUCGGCACGCUGCGCAACCCCGAGGUGAUGGAGGCCAACAAGCUGCGGCGCGACAUCCUCCCCGAGAUGCUGUUCCCAUUCCGCCGCGCCUCGCCCAUCAAGGACAACGCUGACAUCCGGGACUUCAUCGGCGGGCGGCUGGCGGAGAACGACUCGGACCCCACGGCGCCGCCGUACGACUCGCUGGCCACGUACGCCUACGAGGGGAGCGGAUCGCUGGCCGAGUCUCUGAGCUCGCUGGAGUCCGCUGCCACCGAGGGCGACCAGGACUUUGAGUACCUUAGCCACUGGGGCCCGCAGUUCAGGAAACUGGCCGACAUGUACAUCGGUAAGGACACGGACAGAGAGGCCUGAAGCGGAAACACCGGGGGUUGAAGGGAGAGGGGAAGAUAAGCCGUACGGAACUGGUCCACUCUUGUGUCAGUCAGAAGGGCCAGCCAAUCAUAAUACGCUCCGCCACCCGGCCCGCCCUCCCAACACUCCACCCUCAUAUCGUAAAUACGGAGACUGGAAUAUACUAUACUCCACUACAAUUGACAGCAUAACCAGUCACUACUCUAAAGGAAUUUUUUCGUGUUUCUUUUCUUUUUUCUUAUUCUCUCGAAAUCAGUAAAGAUGCCUUCGACUUGUAGGAGUACCUUGUGAACAAUGAUGUGGAAAAUGUGUUUUGUUACUACGAAGAGCGAUAGUAGUCUUGUUACUAUCUAUGUUUAUGGCAAAAAAAAGAAAAGAAAAAAAAUCAAUAAAAAUAGGUUUUAUCACAAACUAAAUUUGAAAUAAGUAUGUGUAUAAAAUGUUUUGCAGCAAUGGGCAUAAUGUAUACUAUUCAAUAUCUUUGUUUUGAGAAGCAACGUACCUGUGAACAGUACAGUACAAAUUCUGUCAAGAUGUGGAUUCAUUUCAGCUCAUAGAAGUAGACAUGUACAAAGGGAGUUUGCUGUGUAGAAUUUCACACUCAAGUCAUGUUGUUUGAAUGCUGAGUCAUGCUGUUUUAUAAUUAUAUUUUUAUACUUAUUUUAAUAAUAAAAUUAAACCAAAAAUCUUUGG